CCAAGCAAGCUAUCCAGUUCACCAGCUUGCACCUGGCUUGUUGCGAAAAGUCAACGUUGACGGAAGAAUCCAAAAGUACAAAAGUCGACAAGAAUUUAAGAAAAAUGGAAAUAAAAGGGCGAGUUGCCCUAGUGACAGGCGCCGCAUCUGGCAUUGGCAAAGCGUAUGCCAUCGAAUUGCUGAAUCAGGGUGCCAAGGUAGCUGUAUGUGAUAUUGAUACCGAAGAAGGGGAGCAAUUGGUGGAAACAUUAGCAGCGAAAUAUGGUAAAGAUCGUGUCAUCUUCUCGCAAUGUGAUGUUACGGAUUAUCCGCAACUUGAAGAAUCGUUUCAGACAACGAUCGCAGAGUUCGGUCAUAUCGAUAUUGUUAUCAACAAUGCUGGUAUCAUGAAUGACCGAUUUUGGGAACUUGAAGUAGAUAUUAAUCUUAAUGGAGUAAUACGUGGUACUUUGCUUGCUCAACGAUUUAUGGGGACGGAUAGAGGUGGUCAAGGUGGAGUCGUUAUUAACACCGGCAGCAACGUCAGCAUCAACCCUUAUGUGAGCGUGCCAAUUUACUCCGCGACAAAAGCAGCUAUCGUCAGCUUCACCAGAGCUUUUGGGGAUCAAUAUCACGUAGAUUUGACGGGUGUUAAAGUGAUGGCACUUUGUCCAAGUGCCACGGACACUAAAUUAGUACGAGAUGUCAAUACGAAGCUUUUAUUAGCUCGAUACGAAGAUGCAUGGCAAAGGGAUACAGCUUCAUCAGUUCCUCAAAGGGCGGAACACGUGGCAAAGGCAUUGAUACAAGUACUAAACACCGGCAAGAGCGGAAGCGUGUGGAUGGUGGAAAAGGAUCAACCACCGCACGAAAUUAAUUUCGCGAAAACAUCGUUAUCAAGAAGGCGAAUGCAAUAUAGCGAUACUUUUGGUACAUUUUAUACUGACAUAGCAAAAUCUACGAGUCAGAAUGUGGAUAUUCAUUUGCGGGAUCAGUAUCUGACAAGAUUGAUCCGAAUCUACACGGGAAUCGCGAUUCGCAUUCAUCCAAGAGAACAAGACGCAUCUAUAAUGGAGAUUCAGGAGAAAACCGUGCUUAUCACCGGCGGAGCCAAUGGAAUCGGUUAUUGCACCGCUCGGGAAUUGCUUCGAAAUGGAGCAAAGUCCGUAGCAAUUGUAGAUUUGCCCGACUCGAAUGGCGAAACUACUGUUGCAGAAUUGGAGAAAGAAUUCGGCGCAGAUCACGUUAUUUUCCUCGUUGGAGAUGUGGCGAAUGCCGAGGAACUUACGGUUUGCUUUGAGAAGGCGAUAGAAUCAUUUGGUAUGCUGGACAUUGUUAUCAAUAGUGCCGGCAUCAUGAACGACGCGGAUUGGGAGCCGAUGGUUGAUAUUAAUUAUAAAGGGAUUGUACACGGCACGAUUUUGGGUCUGAAUCAUAUGGGAAAGCAUAAGGGCGGAAAGGGUGGAACUAUCGUUAACAUGUCAUCCAUAGUUGGCUUGCAAAGCAAUCCGCUCGCACCGAUUUACGCCGGGACGCAAUUCGCCAUCGUCGGUUUUACUUUAUCGUUACAGACCUUUUAUGAAAAGACGGAAAUACGUGUUUUGGUAAUAUGUCCUGGUCUCACAAAUACUAAUAUGGCCUCCAAGUUUAUGUCAAGCAAAGCCUAUGCGAUGGACAUUCUCGACGAUGAGAUCGCUGCUAAGGAAAUGACAACAAUGGAAAGUCAAUCACCUGAGCAUGUGGCGAGUGCAAUUGUGGAAUUGAUCGAAAAGGGUGAGAACGGUUCGGUCUUCGUCAGCGAAAACAAUCAACCUGCAUAUGCUGUGCAAUUGCCAUCUUACACUGAUCUGAAAAUUUCGGUAUAAAGCUUAAAAUAUAUUACGGCGAAUCAUUUUUGGUACACAAAUAUUGGCGUACUGAUUUUUUUCCGAUUUAUAAUAAUAAUUAAUUCUUAUUAGAAUUGUACAAAUUUAUGCUUUUUUCAUCAUAAAGA